AUGUCCCAUUUGCUUGCAAAGAGUACAGCUUGGUCCGUCUACGGAGAAAAAUAUCCUGUAUGUCGUUUCCUCAAAGGUUAUAGUGGUAGACUCUACGAUUUCGCUUACAGGUGGUGCAAUAUAGACUUGUCGACGGAAACUGAGAAUAUGAUUGUAUUCAUUUUCCGGCAUUCCAACUUGGAGCAACGGAAACAAACGUUCCCUCAUCAUGUGUCCGCAGCAAGUGUCCGACACAUGCUGCAGCUCAUGACGCGCAAAUUGUGGCGAGCUGUUUUACCGCGUUUAAGAAGGGACAGCUUAGUCAUGGGGAAUAAAAGAAAAUAUCAUAAGAGGAAUCUGAUAAAGCUGUGGAAAAAGGAAGAUGUGACAUUAGCAUUACAAGCAGUUUUAGAAAAAACGAAGAGACUGAAAAAAGCUGCUAAACAAUUAAAUGUUCCAAGGAUCAUUCUACAGAGACUAUUGCACCAAUGCAAGAAUGAAGUUCGUCUUUGGCGAAGAGCUAAUCAAGAACCAUUAACCCAGUUUGAUUUGGCAGAGCUACUUAGCAAAGCAUAUGUUAACAGCCAAACAGCUGAAAUUGCUAUUAAUGGUUUUAAAGUCACUGGUGGCUGGCCUUUUAACAGGGAUAUAUUCAAACAUGCUGAUUUCAUUGAAGAAAAGGAAAAUAUAGUAAACAACUACAGGUUAAGUUUUUGUGAAGCGGACGUUCAGUACAGUGACGUUGACUUAUCAGCUUCGCAGCCCGACAAAGAACUUUUAACUAGAAGUUUGGAUGUUCCUGAUUGCCAACCAGGAUGCUCAAGAGAUACAGAACCACAACCAGGAUGGUUGAACACAUUGUAUCUCCCCAUCAGAUGUUCAAAUGAUCCUGCAAUAAACAGAGAUAACAUUAUUUGUCCAUUUGCCAGUGAUUAA